AUGGCUCCCAGAGUGAUUGUUGUUGGUGGCGGCUUGUCUGGCCUGAGCGCUGCUCACACCAUCUACCUCGCCGGCGGCAACGUCGUUGUCCUCGACAAGCAGAGCUUCUUCGGUGGCAACUCGACCAAGGCCACCUCCGGCAUCAACGGCGCCCUGACGCGCACACAGGUCGAGCUCAACAUCCAGGACAGCGUCAAGCAGUUCUACAAUGACACGCUCAAGUCGGCGCGCGACAAGGCCCGGCCGGAUCUGAUCCGCGUCCUGACCUACAACUCGGCCUCGUCCAUCGAGUGGCUGCAGGAUGUCUUCGGCCUCGACCUGACCCUGGUGUCCCGCCUCGGUGGCCACUCGCAGCCGCGCACCCACCGCGGCCACGACGCCAAGUUCCCCGGCAUGGCCAUCACCUACGCCCUGAUGCAGCGCCUGGAGGAGCUGGCCGAGCAGGAGCCCGAGCGCGUGCAGAUCAUCAAGAAGGCGCGCGUCACCGGCCUCGUCAAGGACGGCAACCUCGUCCACGGCGUCACCUACGAGGCCAACGGCGAGACCAGCUCGCUCGAGGGCCCCGUCGUCCUGGCCACCGGCGGCUACGCCGCCGACUUCACCAACUCCUCGCUGCUCAAGAAGUACCGCCCCGACACCUACGACCUGUCGACCACCAACGGCGCGCACGCCACGGGCGACGGCCAGAAGAUUGUCAUGUCGAUUGGCGGCAACGGCAUCGACCUCGACAAGGUCCAGGUCCACCCCACGGGCCUGGUCGACCCCAAGGACCCCAAGGCCAAGACCAAGUUCCUGGCUGCCGAGGCCCUGCGUGGCGAGGGCGGUCUGCUGCUCAACGCCGACGGCGACCGCUUCUGCGACGAGCUGGGCCACCGCGACUACGUCUCCGGCAUGAUGUGGAAGGAGAAGGACAAGGGCAAGUUCCCCAUCCGCCUCAUCCUCAACUCCAAGGCGUCCAACGUGCUGGACUUCCACACGCGCCACUACUCGGGCCGCGGCCUGAUGAAAAAGAUGACGGGCAAGGAGCUGGCCAAGGACAUUGGCUGCUCGCCCGAGCACCUGCAGAAGACGUUCCAGACGUACAACCGCAUCGCCGACGGCAAGGAGAAGGACCCCUGGGGCAAGAAGUUCUUCCACAACCUGCCCGUCGACAUCAACGACGACUUCCACGUCGCUCUGAUGGAGCCCGUGCUGCACUUCACCAUGGGUGGCAUUGAGAUCAACGACAAGGCCCAGGUCCUCAACCAGGACAAGCAGCCCUUUGAGGGCCUGUACGCCUGUGGUGAGCUGGCCGGUGGCGUGCACGGCGCCAACCGCCUGGGCGGCUCGUCGCUGCUGGGCUGCGUCGUCUACGGCCGCGUGGCGGGCGACACCGCCAGCAACUACCUGUUCCAGAAGGCGCUCAAGUCGACCGGUGCCGGCUCGGCGGCCCAGCGCCUGGGCCAGAUCUCGCUGCACAUCGACCCCUCGCAGCCGGGCAAGGUCUCGGUCGAGUGGGGCAACGGCCAGGCCUCGUCGGUGUCGGCCAAGAAGGGCAGCGGCGACGACGGCGAGGGCGGCUCCGGCAGCAGCGGCGCGGCCGGCGGCGGCUCGGGCGCCAGCGCGUCGGGCGCGGCUGCCUCGUCGGGCGCCAAGGCUGCCUUCGCCAUCCCCGAGAAGGAGUACACCAUGGAGGAGAUUGCCAAGCACAACACCAAGGAGGACCUGUGGGUUGUUGUCAAGGGUGUUGUCAUGGACCUGACCAACUGGCUGGACGAGCACCCGGGCGGCCCCCAGGCCAUCAUGAACUUCAUGGGCCGCGAUGCCACCGAGGAGUUUGAGAUGCUGCACGACGACGAGGUCAUCCCCAAGUACGCCCCGAGCCAGGUCAUUGGCCGGGUAAAGGGUGUCAAGCCUACUCUGGAGUUCUAG